AUGGAAAAUCCAUUGGAUGAAUCACAAAUUUUUGAAUGUUUCAACAAUCUUGCUUUAAAUGAAAAUUUUGAAUUGUGUUGGACACAAAAAUUGUUUUACUCUGAAAAAAUUGAACCCAGAGGUGCUAUUUUAAACAUGUAUCCAUCAAUCAAUAAGCCAAAUGCAACAAUGGUUGUUAGACACUUAAAGGUUAUCAAUAAUAAAAUAUCAACAUCAAAUAUAUGGAGUGGACCAGGAUCACAAAGUUCCUUAUUUAAUUCCAUUAAAAAGAUUUACAGGUAUUUUGAAUCAUUGUGUGGAGAUGUGAAUACUCUAAAUGACUUAAAAAAGAACUUUCCAAGAAAUGAAAAGCUUAUACUUAAUGGUGAAAAUCCAUGUGAAACUAAUAAUUGGGUAAAAGGAGAACAUCUUAUUAAAAAUAUUAAAUCGGAUUUUGAUGAGUCCAAAAGAGCAAUUGUGGAUUAUUUGUUGUCGUUUCAAGAAUUUUUAAAACUAGUUAGUGUGAAAGAUUUGAAGAUUCCAGCACCACCAGUAUCACUGAAAGAUACCAUUUUUAACUAUGUAACAUUUGGUGAUGGUAUAUUGGCAAAUCCGUACCUUUUAGGGCUUUCUUCUGGAUUUUUCAGAAGAUAUUCAGAAGAAACAGGAUUGGACUAUUUAUUUGAAAGAGUUGGUUGUGAUACUCAACCAGAUAUUCUUAAAAUGAUCAUCAGAAACUUGUUAUCUUACUUAUUGGAAAUCCGCGAACUCAAAGAAGAACUCAAGUACAAGUUAUGCUUGAAAUUAGCAUCUGUAGCUAGCAAGAGAGAGGAAUUUGAUAAAUUUGCAAGAGCUGCUGAAGAAUAUGAAGCAGAAAUCUUAAGAGGAUAUUGUGACGAAAUUCAACGAUCAACAGAGUAA